UGAUAGAGUUUGGAGUCAAUUACUUCCCCUUAAGGAGUCUGCUGUUAAAUAGUUCAGCUUACCACUGCAAAUCAAUUUAUAUUAUAUUUUUAAUUUAGCUGAAUUUUAAUUGAAACGAUAAAUUUGGACUUUGGAAAUUAAUUCUCAACUUCUGUUUUGUGUUUAUGACUUGAUGUGAAAUAUAGUAUGUAAUAGAUUAAAGAUGGCAGCUGCAGUUGCGCACAGUCAUAAAUUUUCAGUGGCGGAAGUAAGUUAUAUACGUAAACAAUUGCUGGCGUUUUAUGAUGCAAAUAAGAGGAACCUACCAUGGAGAAAUUUGGCAACUUCCAUUGAACAUUUAGACGAGAAAGCUUAUUCAGUUUGGGUAUCUGAAAUCAUGCUCCAACAGACUCAAGUGGCUACAGUAAUUGAUUAUUAUAAUCGAUGGAUGCAGAAAUGGCCGACGUUAGAAAAACUAGCAGAUGCGAACCUAGAAGAAGUGAAUGAAAUGUGGUCAGGACUUGGUUAUUAUUCCAGAGGAAGAAGAUUACACGAAGCCGCACAGAAGGUACGCAAGGCUGGUAAAGGCAUGCCACGAUCAUCGAAAGAGUUGAUGAAAGAACUACCAGGCGUUGGCCGAUACACAGCUGGAGCUAUUGCGUCGAUAGCUUAUAAUGAGGUCACUGGAGUAGUUGAUGGGAAUGUCAUUCGAGUGUUGACUAGACUAAGACUGAUAGGUGCUGACUCAGCAUCUCAAAGAGUAACUGAACUAAUGUGGGAAUUGGCCAACACCGUUGUUGAUACAAGCAGACCAGGAGACUUUAACCAAGCUAUGAUGGAGUUGGGAGCUACGGUUUGUACACCAAAAUCUCCAAGCUGCUCAACCUGUCCUUUGUCCAAAGUUUGCAAGGCUAAAGCACGGACAGUUCAUACCGAAAACAAAACACAAUCUAGUAUAUUUUCAAGUUCUUUGAAGAAAAACUCAGAUGAUAAUAACUAUACAGACCCACUCGAUUUAACUGACCUGGAAGAUGUGGCAGAAUGCAAGUAUUGCUUCACAGGAGAAACUAAAUGGCGACAGAGUCUUGGCGUUUUAAAUUAUCCUUCAAAAGUAAAAAUGAAGCCAGCGAAACAAGAAAAGUAUUUUGCUGUUGUGAUUGAAUGGAAUAAAAAAUUUCUUCUCGUUCAAAGACCUAAUAAAGGGCUGCUAGCUGGUUUGUGGGAAUGUCCAUUAUUUCUUGUACAGGAGGAAAAGAAAAAGAAAAAUGAAACUGAGAAAGAAACUCUUUCAAAUCACCUGUUUGAGCGUUUCGAUAUUCAAGGUUAUGAUUCCGUUAAAUAUCUGGGCGAGAUCGUUCACGUAUUCUCGCACGUACAUCAUACAUAUGUGACUUAUCAUAUUCAGUUACCGGCUAAGCUGGAAUUGCGUGAAAAGAUGGCGCAGUGUGCGACCUGGUUAACACGUGAUGAAGUGCUGCAAGGUGCUAUUUCAACUGCUGUAAGAAAGAUCUUUAAAUUAUACGAAGCAGGUAACAAGACUGGUGUAAAACGAAAGAGAAGCGAGGCAACACACAAACAACGUACAUUGGAUAACAUGCUGACAAGAGUUACGAAAUAAUUCUUUGUAUAAAUUUCACCUAAGAACGCGCUUUUAAUAUGGCACAUGCA